AUGACAGAAAAUAUAGUCGCAGUAGACAUUACGCCAAUCAAACAUGAUGAAUUCAAGAAGCCGCCUCCAACACCGAUGUUUCGAUUUUCUACAACGAAACAACUUCACCGAAACUUGGAGUACAUUGCAAAUGCUAAAAUCAUUGUAGAUGAUAAUGCUACUCUCGGAUCCUUGAAACCACAAGAACAAGUGGAACUUGAUCAGUUGUACAACCGCAGGUCAAUUAAUGCCUUCAUUUAUUACAUCGAUAUCGAUUCUAAAGUUUUCCUAUGUGUCAGCCUUGCUGACAAUCAGCACUUACUUUCUGCAUUGGAUCCGAAGGAGAGGAUACAAGAUAACCUCAACCUCAAGACAAGAUACAGAGUCAGAAGAGCAACUGGGUCUGCCGGUAUAUUUGGUAAAGCUGUUUGGACAACCUCAGAGCGAAUCAAGCAGGAGGAAGAGGCUAGGAGGCAUGAAUUAUUCCUGAGAACAGAGGUUUCAGAAUCAAUUGUCUCUCAGAAUGAUUAUCUUCAUCAAUUGCAUCAGAACACAUCCAAUUUGGCUGACACUGAUGUUUGGCACUCUUCUGGAUCAUAUAUACCCCAAACCCCUCAACAAAGGCUAUUUGUUGCCAAUCCAAACUCUAGAAACACUUCCACUGUGGCAAGUUUCCCAGAUGUUCAGCAGUCUAUUGCAUUGCAUAUACCUCCAGGCCUGCAACAGGAGCUAUUUAUUGCCAACCCAAACUCUAGAAACACUUCUGUAGAAGGGAGUCUUCCAGAUGUUCAAAACUCCUCUGGGUUGUAUAUAUCUUCAGGCCCUCAACAAACACUAUAUUUCAUAAGCCCAAACUCUAGAAACACUUCCACUGAAGGGCUUCCACCAAGUACUCAAAUGGGCUCUAACUUGUCACUAUCCCGACAAACUGUUAUGACAGGGAGCUCUGGGCCGGGAUGCUAUCCUAGGUCAGGGUCAGUCAAUACAGCUUCUUUAGAGGAUGAUGGAACACACUUCAGCAUAGGCUCAAGGGCUUCGGGCUCUUCUGAGAUAUAUCAACUGGAUCCAUCUACAGGACAUUAUUCUGGUGAACCUAGCAGUCCUCGGUAUCCUGCUAUGUAUAAUUCAGGACAAGAAUAUUAUCGCAACCAAACACAAAUGGCUACACCUUAUUCCUCCUACCCUCCCCCACAAGCCUCUAUUAGCACAGACCGGCAUGGAAGGUAUCAUCACAGUUCAGAAGAUCCAGGACACCAUGAUAUACGACAUAAUGAUGCUCACAAACCUCGUGGUUACAGGAGUGCACAUCCUGAAGCAAGAACUCAGAGACACUGA